AUGCCGAGCCGGGAGGUGCUCAAGGAGCUGCAGGAGGAGUGCCUGGCGGACGACGUCGAGCUGCCAGAAAAUGCGGACGCGUGGACUGUCUCCGAGGCUCGCGAGUACUUUGAGAGCGGCGGCACGUCACGGCCAGGCCAGCCCGCGUGUGUGCCGGCGGCAGGUGAGAACGAGAGCAACCUCCAGAUCCGCUGGGCGGUGGACACGGCAGAGUGGGACCCGCAAGAGGCGGAGUGGGAGGUGCUGCUGCGCACGCUCCCCGAGGAGGAGGCCACGCGCGUGAUGAAGUUUCACUUCCGCGACGACCAGAAGCGCGCGCUCGUCUCGCGGCUGCUCCAGCGUCACGCGUGCGCCCGCUACCUCUCUCUGCCGCACGGCGAGGUGCAGAUCCUCCGCACUAAGGGGCGCAAGCCGUACCUCGCCUCGCCGCACUCCUCGCCGCUCGAGGAGGCUUGUCUAUACUGGAACUUCAAAGAUCGCACGAGGGAGCGCUCUGUUAUCCUGGCAUUCGACGCCCACCAUAGAUAG